AUGGAUAUCCGCAAGUUUUUUACAAAUAAGUCUAGUCAAGCAAGUACAUCAAGCUCAGACACAUGUAAGCAAAAAGAGAUACCUGAGUCACCAGUUUUGCACCAUUUUGUUGAGACAGAAAAUGUAUAUGCAGAAACUGUGUCUUUAGAAGCAGUUGACCUUAUGAGUGACUCAAGUGAUGGUGAGGAAGACCAUGCUAGUGUUCCAGCAAUCAAAACUAUAGAAGAUGUUAAUAGUAAAUCUAAAACCUACACGAAAGGAAAAUGCAUUUCUCUUCCAGCUGAUGAACAGAAAACACUACGAACAGCAGUAGUACCAAAUCAACCAGAUUACAAAACAAUUCCAGCUCAGACUAUUGUAACGCAAAAGGCAAAGAAGCGUGUUUUAAACUUCCAAGAGUGCUGGUACGAAAACUUUCCAUGGCUGCACUACAGUUUUGCUCUUGAAGGAGUGCUAUGUUUUUACUGUGCUAAAGCUGCAGUCCUAAAUCUGACACAUCUCGAAAGGAAUACUGAGCCAGCAUUUGUGUGUAUGGGCUUUAAAAAUUGGAAAAAAGCUAUUGAAAAGUUUAAAAAACAUCAGAGUUGUUCUGCUCAUACGUAUUCCAUGAAGCAGCUAUUGCAUCAUAAAGGUUCACAGCCCAUUAAUGCCCAGCUUUCAUUACAAAUUCAACAGCAACAGAAUGAUGCCUGGUUGUGUCUCAUCAAGAUAGUCCAAACAAUAGCCUUGUUGGCAAAACAGGGUCUCCCUCUUCGUGGCCAUGACGACAAUGAUGGGAAUUUUAAGCAGUUUCUACUUGCACGAGCAGAUGAUUUGCCUUAUCUAAAAAAAUGGAUAACACACAAAAUGGAAUACAUGAGUCCAGACAUUCAAAAUGAAAUUUUGCAGUUAUUAUCUCAUUCCGUAUUACACCUUAUACGGAAAAAGAUUGGGAAUAAUGCCUUUGCAGUUAUUGUUGAUGGCACACAAGACAUAUCUGGUCAAGAACAAGAAAGUUUCUGUAUCCGCUAUGUUGAUCAAGACUUUUACCCGCACGAGGACUUUAUAGGCUUAUAUCAAGUUGAUGAAACAAGUGGAUCUGCAAUUGCAAAGAUUGUCAAGGAUGCUUUAUGCCGCAAUGGGCUUUGUAUGUCAAUGUUGCGAGGGCAAACAUAUGAUGGAGCGUCAAAUAUGGCUGGUAAAUAUCAUGGUGCUCAGGCAUUAAUAAGGCAGGAACAGCCACUUGCCAUUUAUGUCCAUUGCGGUGCACAUUGCACAAACUUAGUUAUGCAGGCUGCAGCACAUCAAUGUCCAAUAAUGGAAGAUGCACUUAUGUGUGUGCAAGAUCUUGGCAAUCUCUUUGGGCAAUCUGUGAAAUGCAGGACCACAUUUUCAGAAAUUGUGCAACGUGAAGCUGAAGGACCUCUUAAAGUCAUACAUAUUAAACCAUUGUGCCCAACACGCUGGACCGUUAGAGUAAAGUCAGUGAAAAAAGUCCUGGAUAAUUAUGAGCUGAUUUUACAAACACUUGAAGAAUUUGCAAAUUCCAGAGGUAGUGGAGACGUACAUUCACGUGCACGCGGCCUACUUCAACAAUUUAGGCAAGGUAAAAUCCUGUUAGGGCUUCAAAUCUCUCUUACCAUCAUGGAGAUCUUAGAAUGUCUGAAUAAAGCCUUGCAAGGCAAUAAACAAACCAUAUCAGGACUUUUAGCAUCUGUUCAGCAUACCCAUGAUGCUAUACAAAAGUUACGCUGUGACACGUCGUUUGAAAGGCUUCUUACUGCCAAUAUGCAUUUAGUUGAAAAAUACCAGCUAAAAGAGGUUAAUGUACCAAGGCAACCCAAAGUUCCUAAACGUCUUCAACAUGGGCCAACUGAACAAUUCCAUGCAAAAACUGUGAAGGAAUACUAUUGCCCUCAGUAUUUCCAACUGAUUGAUGCUAUAUUAACUCAGUUAAUGCAGCGCUUUGACCAAGAAGGCUUACUGAUAUAUGAAAAACUGGAACAAUGUCUCUUGACAGGACAAGCUAGUGAAGGUCUUCUCCAGUAUCCAGAGAUUGAACAUAAUCUUCUCUCUGCCCAGAUAACCACCUUAUCUAGUGUUCACAAGUACACUUCUGUCUCAGAGGUUGUAGAAAUUUUACGAAAGAUGCCUGCCAGAGAGAGAUGCUUUUUUUCUGAAGUUGAAAAAAUGGUCAGAAUCCUACUAACUGUUCCUGCUUCCUCCUGUGAAGCUGAGAGAAGUUUUAGCGCGUUGCGUAGAUUAAAAACCUGGUUGAGGUCCACAAUGACACAGAAAAGAUUAAACCAUGUUGCUAUAUGCAACAUCCAUAGAGACAUAAUGGAUGAACUAGAACUCGAAGCCAUAGCAAAGGAAUUUGCAAUGCGCUGUGAUCGCCGCAAAAAGGUUUUUGGAUUUUAA